AUGUCUCCUGCAAUCGACUCAGCCAUCCUAGCCGCCUUAGACCUAGACAAAGACAACACCACAAUCUCAUCCAUCGGCGGGUCAGGCUUCUCAUCGACCUUCAAGCUCUCCACCACAAAAGACGGCCAGCCAUUCGAUUACUUUGUCAAGACAGGCUCCGGCGAGGGAGCAAAAAUUAUGUUCCAAGGCGAACACGCCUCUCUCAACGCAAUCCACGACGCCGUCCCCAACUUCUGCCCCAAAUCAUACUGCCAUGGCCCCAUGCAGCACGCAAACAAGUACUUCCUCGCCACGGAUUUCCUCAAUCUUGGCUAUUCCGCGUCAAAAGGCUCCGGCAUCUCUCUCGCCGCAAAGCUAGCCAAGCUGCAUACAACCCCCGCGCCCACCCCGAAUGGCUUCGACAGGCCCAUGUUCGGCUUCCCCGUGCCGACGUGCUGCGGCGACACGGAGCAGGAUAAUUCCUGGAACGCCUCCUGGGCCGACUUCUACGCCGAAAACAGACUACGCUUCAUCGUGAGGCGCAUCGUCGAGAACCACGGGCCAGACGACGAGGCCGUCGACAUGGUCGAAAAGGUCGCCAGCAGCGUCGUCCCGAGGCUUAUCGGGGAUGAUCGCAUGACCAUCACGCCCGUCGUCAUCCACGGAGAUCUCUGGAGCGGGAAUCAUUCGGCGGGCCAGAUUGCCGGAAAGGGCGGGCGCGAAGAGGUUGUCUUCGACCCUUCCUGUGUCUAUGGCCACUCGGAAUACGAACUUGGCAUCAUGAGGAUGUUUGGCGGCUAUGGGAGUUCCUUUUGGAGCGAGUACGAGAGGCUUGUCCCCAAAGCAGAGCCAAAGGAGGAGUGGGAUGACCGUGUCAACCUCUAUGAAUUAUAUCACCAUCUUAAUCACUACUCAAUCUUUGGGACGGGGUACCGUGGCGGAGCCAUGUCAAUUAUGAAGAAGCUGACAUCCAAGUAUGGUAGCUAA